CUCCAUGGGGACAAAGAGUUUGUAUCAUGGCAGCAGGAUUUGGAGGACUCCAUAAAGCCCACACAGCAGGCCCAGCCCACUGUUAUCUGCUGGUCUGAAGGGGGCAAGGAGGUCUUCAUCUCUGGGUCCUUCAACAAUUGGAGCACCAAGAUUCUACUGAUUAAGAGCCAUAAUGACUUUGUUGCCAUCUUAGACCUCCCUGAGGGAGAGCACCAGUACAAGUUCUUCGUGGAUGGACAGUGGGUUCAUGAUCCAUCAGAACCUGUGGUUACCCAUCAGCUUGCCACAAUUAACAAUUUGAUCCAUGUCAAGAAAUCUCACUUUGAGGUGUUUGAUGCCUUAAAGCUAGAUUCAGUGGAAAGCUUGGAGACAUCUUACCUUUCCAGCUCUCCCCCAGGGCCUUAUGGUCAAGAAUUGUAUGUGUUCCAAUCUGAGGAGAGAUUCAAAUCCCCACCCAUCCUAACUCCUCACCUUCUUCAAGUUAUUCUUAACAAGGGUGCUAAUAUUUCGUGUGACCCAGCCUUGCUUCCUGAGCCCAAUCAUGUUAUGCUGAACCAUCUCUAUGCAUUAUCCAUUAAGGAUAGUGCGAUGGUCCUUAGUGCAACCCAUUGCUACAAGAAGUAUGUCAUUACUCUUCUGUAUAAGCCCAUCUGA